AUGGAAAGAAGACAUUGCGUGAACAAUCCAAAUAAUUUUGGUUAUAUCUGUGGUAGUUAUGUCGUAGUAAAGCAGAGGCAAACUAUAACUUCUUUUGUAAAAAAUGUAUACCACGAUUAUUUUGUUGUAAAAAUUGGCAACCAAGACAAGUCCUGGGCUCCUCAUACUGUUUGUUCUGUUUGCGUUGAAGCAUUAAGAAACUGGCAAAAAGGAAGGAAGAAAAGUUUAAGCUUUGGUGUUCCUAUGGUAUGGCGAGAGCCUAGGAAUCACAGAGAUGAUUGUUAUUUCUGUUCGUGUAAUGUUCAAGGAUUCAACAGAAAAAAUAAGAAACACAUUGUGUAUCCCAAUCUUGACUCUGCUAUUUGA